AUGGCACAGUGGAAUCACAAUAGCAUGAAUCAUCUGAAUUUAACCUUGCCAAAUUUUCAACCAGAAAAUAGCCCAGCUGGGAAUAAUUAUAAUAAUCCCACCAACUUGAUGAGUGCUCCUCCGAAUUUCCCUAACCUGAAUCAAAUGAAAAUGGGUAACCCCAAAUGCAGUUUUGGAAGUGAAUUUCCCCAUAGUAGCCCAAGUUAUCAGACUUCCAGUUCAUUUAGACAGCCUUGGGAAAUCAACAGUGAAGUGAAUUGUCAUGGUUUACCUGUGCCAGCUGAACGACAAAGGGAGUGGCUGAUCAUGUUAAAUCAGCGAAAGUUGGAUCAGGAUUUCCUCAAUAGUUUCAUACAGUCCCAAAUGGUGUCACAGAGUCAGUCGCCCUUGACUAAGAUGAGCAGGCUUGGAGAUUUGGAGACUGAAGAGGCUGAAAGGCUGACUUCACAUUUGAAAGUGGCAGAACAAAUGAGUGAAGCCUGCCAGAACCCAGAAGGUGAACACAACCCCUGGCAAAUGAAAGAGAGACCAGAGUUUAUAAAUGAACAAAUCACUCAGUAUUCAACUUCAAAGGAAACCAACGAAAAAAUAAACAAAAGAAAGGAAAAAAGAAAAUGGAUCAAGAGAAAGAAGGAAAGAAAGAGGAAAGAAACGGAAACUGCGAAACAUAGACGCGAGGAACUAAAUAUUAUCAUUGACAAACAAAGAGACAUUAUCAGAAGAAGUGAAUUGCAACGCAAAAAGCAUCAAGAAGCGAGACGUGAAGUUGAUGGUUUUUUUAGCGAAAUCCGUCGUAAACAGAGUGAAGUCAAACGUAUCAGACAGCUGUUCAAAUCUUUGAGGGAACUACGAUCUUUGAGGGCACGUUCUCUUGAAUCUCGUUGCGCACUUUUCUCCAAGCAGGAGGAUACGGACCAGUUUAAUAACACAUUAGAUCAAUUAGAUUUGUUUAUAAAAAAUAAGUCAGCUGACUAUGAGGAGGAAGAAAAAUCUUCGAAAUUGGUCAUGAAUGAUCAGCCUGGUACGAAAAGUCAGGACGCUAUUCAAAAACUGUGGAGCACGUACACGCGUAAAGGAUCAAUUGAAAUUAAUUAAUUUUUUAGCGCUUCUUUGAGUUCUGCAAGAAGCAUGGAGCCAAUUAUCAUCUUCUCACAGCAAACUGUCAAUUUAGGAUUGGCCCCAAUCAUAAUAGUAACCAAUACCAAUGAUUUGGAAGACAGGGUCUGUCCGGCGAAUCUAUCGGAGGAAACGUAAAAGCAACAUACAGGAAUAAUUGUGAAGAAGCAUAAAACAUCGUCUUACCUUAAGGUAUUUUGCUCGCUAGAACUUAUGGAAGCCAUAUUUGACGCGCGAAACAGUUUAGCUGAGAUAUUUUUUACAUCUCCAAGUUCGGACAUGUUGGUGAUGGGAAAACUAUGUUCAUUCAUUCCCUUCAAUUUCCCUAUGAAAUAACAUUAAAAAUGGGUAAAUUUUUGCUUAAAUAUACGCCGAGAUCUCAAAUA